AAGGACUCUAUCCAGGACACCGAGAUGGAAAUACCAGGAGAGACAGCAGCAAAUCUUGGGCAGACCCUGGAAUGGCUGAGGAAGGAGCUGGCUGAGAUGCAGAUCCAAGACCAGCAGCUGUUGCUCUCACUGAGGCAUUUGCAGAGCCUCCUAGGGGAGCUUCGAGCCGAAAGCACCCACUGGGAGGACACAAGGCCCAGCAGAAGUACAUCACCUUUCCGAGCUAGACUGGGCUCAGAGGGCCGGGGCUACCAGCCUGUGUCGAGGGAACUGGCCCAGCUGCUCCGAGGAGAAGAAAGCAGGCGAAGCUCCCUUCCUUAA